AUGUCGGAUUUCCUGAACGAGUCGCUCAAGGGCCGAACAUUAUUCGCCAUUCCCAAAAAGGGUCAGUCGAGGAAAGAGAUCGCGCUUCCUUCCUCCUGCGUCUUCGUCUUCGUUGCACGGGGGAGCUGAUCAUGCUGAUUCUUCCUCAACUCGCCUUUUGACUCACGUGCGCUCCUUCUCUCGGUGAACUCUCGCGGUCAUGCGCUCCGUCAGGCCGCUUGUACGAGAAAUGCCUUGAACUUUUGGCUGGUGAGCUACUUUAUGAUGAUACUCUUCUCAAAUGAGUGUCACGCCAUGCUCAUACCCAUCCCCCUCACCCUGGCAGGCGCGGACAUCCAGUUCACACGUUCGCACCGAUUGGACGUCUGCCUCGUGCGCAACCACAACAUGGCUCUGUGCGUUACGGCCCAUCGUUUUUCCCAACGAGAUCCAGACUUACUGAACCUUUGUUCUUUCUUCCGCGUAGGGUCUUCCUCCCCGCGGCGGACAUUCCUCGUUUCGUCGGCGAAGGCAACGUACACCUCGGUAUCACCGGCCAAGACAUGGUCGCCGAAGCCUCUGCCCAAAAACUCGUCACCGAAGUCCUCCCCCUCGGAUUCGGGAAAUGCAAACUCCAAAUCCAAGUUCCCGAAAAGGGUCCGAUCAAGACGGUCGACGAUUUGGUGGGCAAGAAGAUCGUCACUUCGUUCGAGGUCUUGGCGGGGCAGUACUUUGGCGAGUUGGAUCAGAAGGCUGGGCUUGCGCCGGAGAAGAAGACCUUGAUCGAGUACGUCGGUGGCAGUGUCGAGGCGGCAUGUGCGCUAGGGUUGGCCGAUGGAAUUGGUGAGUUUUGGCAAGAGAGAAGGGCGAAGCAAAAACGAGUCGGUUUCGCUAACAGUUCUUGGUCUCUCCCUCCUGAUACUGUCCACCAGUCGACCUUGUCGGUGAGCCUUUCAUGUCCACGACCUUUUGUGUUCUUACCAUCCGGAUCACUAACCUACCCUCUCCCAUUUCCCCACCAGAAUCCGGCGAAACGAUGCGAGCCGCCGGUCUGACAGCGAUCUCUACCCUCCUAACCUCCCAAGCCGUCCUCAUCCGAUCGAACAAGUCGUCCGACGGCCCUACGACCUCUCUCAUCACGCGCAUCACCUCCCGUAUCGCCGGAGUGAUCGCAGCAGGUCGUUACGUCCUGGUGCAGUACAACAUCCGUAGGGACGUCGUCGAUGAAGCGACCAAGAUCACACCCGGCAGAAGAGCAGCGACCGUUUCGCCUCUGGAUGAUCCAGAGUGGGUUGCUGUUAGUUCGAUGGUGUUGAAAGCGGAAGUGGCCGAUGUGAUGGAUCGGUUGCAGGUUAGUCCUCCGGCAGAUAAGAUGUUGAGGGGAUCCAAUAGAUUGACUGAUCACGUCUCGUGCGAUCAUCAGGCGAUCGGAGCCGCGGACAUCCUCAACGUUGGCUUGACCAAUUGCCGUGUAGACUAA